ACUUUGUUCCCAUAAACUCACUUAAAUUUUCAAGCUCUUCCUCACUUGCAGCUUCAUCCAUCACAAGCUUCAGCAAUCAAUCACUCCCACAAGAAAAUGAUGAAACUUUCCAAGUUGGGGUUUGAAAUGAAGUUGUGAAUUUGAUUAGUUUGUCUGGUUUGGGCUAAAGGGAAAGAGAAAUAAAAGGUUGGGGUGGGGUGGCUUUUGUUUGAGGGAAAAAAGAGGGAGAUUUAUAACCAAAAAAAGGAGGAAAUUUCUAGCUGGUGGAGGUUGAUUUUCCGUGAGCUUGAUUAAAAAGAGAUCUGAUAAUGGAAGAAGGGUUAGGUCAAAACUCAGUUCCUCCUUCAGGUUCCAUUGACAAGUCUAGGAUUCUGGAUAUUAAACCUCUUAGGUGUUUGAUUCCUGUUUUCCCAAUAUCUCCUCAACCUCCACCUUCUGGCCAAUAUCCUUCUGGGUAUUCUCCUUUUUUCCCAUUUGGUGCACCUCAGACAGCAAGGGAUGGUGCUAUACCAGCUCCAAUAAGGGCAUUUAGGAGCCCCCUAGGGGCAGGAGACACAAGUUCAACAAUGGAGGGGUUCAAUGAUCAUGAUAUUUCUGGUAACAAAAAACAUGCAGCAUCGCGUUUGAACCGCUACAAAUCAUCCAUAAAGAAAUAUAAGACAAGUCAAGAGUCACAUAUUGACUUAAGUGCUUUAGUUAAUAUUAGCCCCGCGCAAAGAGAAGAUGGUAUCCGUGAAGUGGUUGAUAUUACACUCAUGACAUUUGAUGCACUUAGAAGAAGACUCUGCCAACUUGAAGAUGCCAAGGAAUUGAGCACGGGUUCAAUCAAGCGUGCAGAUUUAAGAGCUUGCAAGAUUUUGAUGACGAAAGGAAUUCGGACAAACAUGAGGAAGAGAAUAGGAUUUGUUCCUGGGGUUGAGAUUGGGGACAUUUUCUUUUUCCGAACAGAAUUAUGUAUUGUGGGUUUGCAUGCUCCCAGCAUGGGUGGGAUUGACUCCUUGCAUAUCAGGGGUGAGUCUGAGGAGGAAACUAUGGUGGCUAUAAGCAUAGUUUCAUCAGGAGAAUAUGACGAUGAUGCGGAGGAUAAUGAUGUUAUAAUUUAUACUGGUCAGGGUGGGAACUCUAGCUUCAACAAGAAAGAUAAGGUCGUGAUGGAUCAGAAGCUUCAUAGGGGUAAUCUUGCUUUGGAUAAUAGUUCACGACUGCACAAUGAAGUAAGAGUCAUCCGCGGCAUGAGAGAUGCUGUGAAUCCGAAUGCAAAAAUCUAUGUCUAUGAUGGUCUGUAUCAAAUCCAAAAUUCAUGGGUAGAAAGAGCAAAAAAUGGCGGUGAUGUAUUUAAGUAUAAGUUGGUAAGAAUGCCUGGACAGCCUAGUGCCUUUUCCGUUUGGAAAUCGGUUCAGAAGUGGAAGUCUGGCUCCCCUUCAAGGACUGGACUUAUUCUUGCGGACCUUUCCGCAGGAGCUGAGAGUAUUCCUGUAUCACUUGUCAAUGAUGUUGAUAAUGUGAAGGCGCCUGCUUAUUUCACUUAUUUCCAUUCUCUUAGACAUCCAAAAUCAUUCAGUUUAACGCAACCCUCCAAUGGGUGCAACUGUGCUAAAGCAUGUGUACCUGGUGAUUUGAACUGCUCUUGCAUUAGGAGAAAUGAAGGUGAUUUCCCAUACACUGGCAAUGGCAUUCUGGUGAGUCGGAAGCAAAUGGUUCAUGAAUGCGGCCCCACAUGUCAGUGUUUUCCUAACUGCAAAAAUCGAGUAUCCCAAACUGGUUUAAAGCUCUACAUGGAAGUAUUCAAAACAAAGGAUAGAGGGUGGGGUCUUCGAUCACUGGAUGCUAUUCGUGCUGGAACUUUUAUUUGUGAGUAUGCAGGAGAAGUUAUUGACAGAGACAAGGUAAGUCAUCAUGUGAAGGAAAGAUAUAAUGAUGAGUAUGUUUUCGAUACAACCUGUAUUUAUGAUCCAUUCAAGUGGAAUUAUGAGCCUAAGUUGCUGGAAGAAGUGAGUACAAAUGACACUAGUGAGGAUUAUGCUAUACCGUAUCCUCUAAUUAUAAGUGCCAAGAAUGUUGGAAAUGUAGCUAGAUUCAUGAAUCAUAGUUGCUCCCCAAAUGUUUUCUGGCAGCCUGUCUUAUAUGAAGAAAACAAUCAAUCCUUCCUCCAUGUUGCAUUUUUUGCACUCAGACACAUUCCGCCGAUGACAGAGUUAACUUAUGAUUAUGGAUUUGCUCGAUCUGAUCAUGCUGAGGGUAGCAGUGCACCCAAAGGGAGAAACAAAUGCUUAUGCGGAUCAUCAAAAUGCCAUGGAUCUUUUGGUUGACAUUUUGUGACUGCUGCUCACAGACUGACAUGGUACUGGCAAAAGCAUUCAUGGCUAAAAAGGUGGAUGAUGACAUUAUAUAUCAAGUGCCAGAUCCAGUUUUAGAAGUUCCAGUUUAGUAGAUGUUUGCUCCCAAAUAUUGUGGUCAAGUUUUAGGUGUGUUAGACUAUAAAUAAAUCAUAUGAGUAUGGCCCUUUUUUUGGCUCCAACUUUAUCUAAAUAGUCAGUGAAGUGGUAUAAUUUUGUAAAAUUUGCGCUGGGAAUGGCCACAAUGCACUAGAAAGUAUAAAACUAGUGAUAUGCAUCCUGACUUUUAUCUCUGACUUUGUCCUCUUUACAUGGAUCUGUUGUUAUGUAAUUAAUCUUGCUUAG